ACAUGAAACUGGGAUCACGAAAACCCUCCCUAAAGGUGAGAGAACCCCAAAUCGUCGUUUGGGGGGGGGGGGAGAGAGAGAGUUCUUCUCUUGGGUAUACCUCCGACGCAUGAAUCACGGUGGCGCUGAGGUGCCAAGAAACCUUGAUGAUCAAAUCCCCUCCAUAACCAAUAUGUCGGUUGCCAAUUAUCAGACUUUUUCCCGUGAAUGCCUUGAGAUGAACUUCUUUACAAGGAAUCACUGAUCUGGGAGCAACUCCUCAAGCCUUCACACAUCUUCCAGGAAACCCCUCCUCCAUCUUCAUCUUCAGCGAUAAACGGCUUUGGGAAGCCAAACGUGCAGAAACAGACACCAGCUGCAACGACACCACCAAGAAGAACGACAACACUGGCAAUCGGUUUGUAGUUAAAGAGGGGUUACGAAACAGAGAGAGGGCGCUACUUUUUAUGAAGAGGACACUGUUCUCGACGAAGAGGAUCUCUCGAACUUUUUUUAUUUUUGGCCAAAUAGGACAUUUAGUUCUUUAUUACAAACAAGCGAUUUAGAUUCACUGGACAAGUCCUGUAAGUGGGAACUACCAACUGAAAGGGUGGCCGCAGGUCAAUUUCCGUUGCUUCUAGUUCUGGGAGUCCUUUUAGUGAUAUUUACGAUUCUUCAAUUUGCACUAAGGAGAUGGAACUUUGUGCUGAUUGUAGGAAAUGGGCUCCUGGGACAAAGCGUGAGUUCUUUAUCAAAGUUCUACUCGGUCGGCAACUUUGGAUUCCCCCAAGCUUCUACAAUUAUAUUGGGGACAAAUUGAACCGCAUAGCCCUAUUGACCGGUCCCAGUGGGAUGACUUGUACUGUUCAGCUGGCGAAGAUCAACAAUCGGUUAUGUUUCAAAGAUGGUUGGAGGACAUUCGCAGAAGAAAAUUCUUUUAAAGAAGAGGCACUCCUCCUCUUUGCGUACGAUGGUGAAGUGAGUUUUUCAGUGGAGGUAUUUAGCAAUACUGCAUGUCAAAGUGGGGGUCGACAGGAUAAAGUGAAUGAAGGAGGUUCGUGCAGCAACCACAUGAUCAUCAACAUAAAAACGGAAGAAGAAGAAGAGAAAGAAGAGGAAGGAGACGACGAAGAAGAAGGACAAGAAGAAGAAGACGAAGAAGAAGAAGGAGAAGAAGAAGAAGAAGAGUUAAGUGAUACGUCUUGUGAAUCGAAGGAAGAUCACUUUAGCAGCGAAGAGAUGCAUGGGGGAGAAACUAAAGGCAAGAAGCCAGAAAAUGCUGCCAGGAAGCAGAAAUAUACAAAGUACUUCAUAUCGAGGAGGAGGCCGGUGUCUCGUGAAGAGAAGAGGAAAGCAUUCAGGGCCGUGGCAUCCAUGGGGUCGCCUUUUCCAUCGUCCAUCGUCAUCAUGAAACCAACGUGUGUUUGUAAAGGAUUUUACGUGAACAUCCCAGUGGAUUUUCUUAGAGCCCAUGACAUACUCGGCGAGACAAGGACUAUCAAGGUUCAAAAUGUGGAGGGCAGAGAACGGCCCGUUAGGCUCUUGCGCAGGGGAGACAGAGGCGGGCUGGAAAGUGGCUGGUCAGACUUCGUCUAUGACAACAACCUGGAAGAAGGCGAUGUUUGCGCAUUCGAGCUCAUCAACAACAAGAAGAAGAUGCUGAUCCUGAAGGUCAUCAUAUUCAGGGUGGUGGAGGAAACUACUCCCCUGAAACUUAGUAGAACCGGCAGAAGCUAGGCUAGCUCUUGAGAAGCCAGACCAGAAGCGGACUAUUAAACUUUUGUGAUUUUUGUUCUGGUUUCUUGAUGCCUGCGUUCUACACAAAAAGCGUUGCGUUGUCUUUGGCAUUCUGGCAGUUGGUAGUCGUAUAGCAUGAGGACACUUUGACAGAUCGGUCGACUCAUAUACUGUUUCUUAUACACAGAACUUCGUCUGAACUCUCCCUUGAAUUGUUGUUUUUGCAACUAAGUAAUAGUUGAUAGAACUCUGAAUGUGCAGUAUGCCGUUGUAAUAGAUCUUGGAUGUUUUGUGU